GAGAGAAGCUCCGCAAACUACUUCUUCAACACGGCUCGUUUGACAAAGUGGAGGUGGUGGUUAAGCAAUGGGCUGAAACCAAGCGCAAGCAGAAGCAGCAGGGAGGCUAUGUUACCAAGCAGUGGCUCAUUGACAACCGCUCGUAUGACAAAACAAUGGCUGACAACGCUUUCCUGUGGGCGAAAGCCCGUGGACUGCACCGCAUAAGUGAAAUUACUGGAGCAGAAGAAGCUGAUAUCCCCUAUGAUGACUCGUGGGUGAACUCGCAAACCACUGGCCAGCGGAUUGAAUUUGAGAAUGGUGCUCAGAUGGAGGUAAGCUGUUUCCUGAACCCUUAA